AUGGUUUUUGUGUGCUGAGAAACUUCUGCAGUGCCUGGGUGCCUCUAAACUGAAGGAGAUAAAGCCCACAGUGAUAAAAUGAUGGGAAGUGCUUAUCUUUGGUGGAGCAGCUUAUCUGUCAGGCUGGUGUCUGUCUGCUUGCUAUGUGCAUCCAUUGGAAAGCAAUGUCAGAUCCAAAAUGAAAUGGCUGACUGCAGUCACCUAAAGCUGACUCAAAUUCCUUCUGAUCUCCCAAACAAUAUAACGGGUUUGGACAUUUCUCAUAAUCAGCUAAGACAACUAGGUCCUGCAAAUCUGACCAAGUACAGCCAGCUGGUUUACUUGAAUGCAGGCUACAACAGCAUCUCUAAACUGCAACCAGAAUUGUGCCAAAGUGUGCCCCUGUUGCAGAUUCUGAAGUUAGAACAUAAUGAAUUGUACAAGCUCCCUGAUAGAGUCUUUGCUUCCUGCACCAACCUGACUGAGCUCAAUCUAGGAUACAACAGAAUAGAUAUUAAAAAUGAUCCUUUCAAAACCCUGGAGAACUUGAGUUAUUUAGACCUAUCUCAUAAUUUUUUGAAGUCGGCAAAUUUAGGAUUGCAGCAACAGUUGACGAACCUUCGUGAGCUCAGGUUGGAUAACAAUCAAAUUGCUGAGUUAAAAAAGGAAGACUUCAGUUUUCUCAGCAACACGUCACUGAAUAGUCUCGAUUUGUCAUCGAAUCCACUGGAAGAGUUUCACGUAGGAUGCUUACAUGCAAUUGGAAAUCUGUUUGGCCUCACGCUGAACAAUGUUGAACUUGGUGAAAAUCGCACAAAGAAACUUUGUACAGAGUUAUCAAACACAGCGAUUCAGAACCUCUCAUUGAGCCAUGCGAAGCUUUCCUACAUUGGCAAGUCAACUUUCCAGGGACUGCAAGGAACAAACCUUACAGUUUUAAACCUUUCCCAAAACUCUCUGUCUGUGAUAGAAGAUGACUCGUUUCAGUGGCUUUCAAGUUUACAAUACUUGAACCUGAAGCAUAACAACAUUCAUGUAUCUUCACACUUAUUUUAUGGAUUAUCCAGCCUCAAACAUCUGAAUCUGAUAAAUUCACUCACUGGGAAAAUUGAAGAUUUUUCCUUUCAUUGGUUAUACCGCCUGGAGUACCUUAUAAUGGAUAAUAACAAUUUUCCAGGAAUUACUGCUCAUAUGUUCACAGGUCUGAACAACCUGAAAUACCUGAGUCUCUGUAACUGCAACAUAAACUUACAAAGAAUAACUAAUAAAACAUUUUCAUCACUUGCUAAUUCCAGUUUGCAGCUUCUCAACCUCACAAAAACAAGAAUUUCUACAAUAGAAAGUGGGGCAUUUUCUUCCUUGGGACACCUGAAAAUUCUUGAUCUUGGUCUCAAUGAAAUUAGUCAAGAGCUCACAGGUCAUGAAUUUAAAGGUCUCAAUAAUAUACAAGAUAUUUAUCUUUCCUAUAAUAAAAACUUGACUUUGCGAAGUGAAUCAUUCAUUUUUGUCCCAAGCCUUAGAAAACUGAUGCUGAGAAAAGUAGGUUGCAGUAAUCUGGCACUUUCUCCUUCACCUUUUCAUCCUCUACAAAAUCUAACUGUCCUGGACAUCAGCAAUAACAACAUAGCAAACAUAAAAGACGACUUGUUUGAUGGACUUCACAAACUUGACAUUCUGGAUUUGCAGCACAAUAAUUUAGCCCGACUUUGGAAACAUGCAAAUCCAGGUGGCCCUGUUCUUUUUUUAGAAGAUCUUCGCAACUUGCGUAUUCUUAAUUUAAAAUCAAAUGGGCUUGAUGAGAUUCCAGUUCAGGUUUUCAAGGGUCUGUUCGAAUUAAAACACUUGGAUUUAGGAUCAAAUAAUUUGAAUUUGCUUCCAGCAACUCUGUUUGAUGACCAAGCUUCUCUGUAUUCCUUGAACCUUCAGAAAAAUCUGAUAACCUCAGUUGAACAAAAAGUGUUUGGCCCAGUUUUCAAGAACUUGAGAAUACUAGAGAUGGAUUCCAAUCCAUUUGAUUGCACCUGUGAAAGCAUUGCUUGGUUUGCUGAUUGGCUUAAUGUGACCCAAGCAUAUAUACCUGGAUUGUGGUCCCAGUACAUUUGCAACACCCCAUCUAAAUAUCAUGGUAGUCUGGUGUUGCAUUUUGAUAGUUCAGCCUGCAAAGACAGUGCUCCAUUUAAACUUCUCUUUGUAAUCACUACCACUACUGUGAUGCUACUCAUUUUUAUUGUUCUUAUCAUCCAUUUUGAAGGGUGGAGAAUAGCUUUCUACUGGAAUAUUUCAGUAAAUCGAAUACUUGGUUUUAAAGAACUUGACAGACAACAGGAAGAGUUUAAUUAUGAUGCCUAUGUUAUUCAUGCAAGACAGGACAAGAAUUGGGUGUCUAAGAAUUUAAUCUCUCUGGAAAAAAAUUACCACUUUCAAAUUAAGUUUUGUUUAGAAGAACGGGACUUUGAAGCAGGCAUAUCUGAAUUUGAAGCCACAAUUAACAGUAUAAAAACAAGCAGGAAGAUUAUUUUUCUUGUGACUGAACAUCUCUUACAGGAUCCCUGGUGCAAAAAUUUUAAGGUGUAUCAUGCUCUUCGGCAAGCUAUUGAACAAAGUCGGGACUCCAUCAUACUGAUCUUUCUUCAUGACAUCCAAGACUACAGGUUGUAUCAUGCACUUCACCUGAGAAGAGGAAUGUUCAGAUCUUGCUGCAUCUUGAACUGGCCAGCCCAGAAAGAACGAGUUAGCGCAUUUCAUCAGCAAUUAGUGAUGGCACUUAAAUCUAACAGUAAAGCACACUGAAUUUUGAAAGUACAGAUAUGAAUUAUGGGGUCAUUUUAUUGCAUAUUUUCUAUCAUUGGAAAACUAACAAGCCUUCAG